UCCAAUUUGGACGCAAAAUGUGAAUUCUUGAUUCAAUACAAUGAAUACACACAAGAGAAAACUGUUGCUUAGUAACAUUUCUUCAGUGGUCAUUUUUGUUAUACUCAUUGGAAGUUCUGUGUCCAAUGGCUCUGAUGUUCCUGCGGUUGAACAAUUUGAACCAACAGUGGAGGAAGUGGACAGCAUUUUACCAUCUGCUAGAGAUAGUCAAGGGAUGUAUCAGCUGAAUAAUGUGGAAGAUGAUGAUGCAUGGGGAAUGGUGGGAAAGAAAGGGACUCAAUUUGUCGUCAAUGACCAGCCUUUCUAUGUUAAUGGGUUCAACACUUACUGGCUGAUGGUUUUUGCUGCUGAUCAAUCUACAAGAGGAAAAGUUACUGAGCUUUUCCAACAAGCAUCUUCAGUAGGCUUAACAGUUUGUAGAACUUGGGCUUUCAAUGAUGGCCAAUGGCGUGCUCUUCAGAAAUCUCCAGGUGUUUAUGAUGAAGAUGUUUUUAAGGCCUUGGAUUUUGUGGUGAGUGAAGCAAGAAAGUACAAGAUCAGGCUUAUAUUAUCCUUAGCCAACAACUGGGAUGCCUAUGGUGGAAAAGCACAGUACGUUAAAUGGGGAAAAGCUGCUGGCCUCAAUUUGACAUCUGAUGAUGACUUCUUCUCUCAUCCUACUCUCAGAAACUACUAUAAGGUUCAUGUUAAGACGGUGCUCAACAGAGUUAAUUCCCUCACAAACAUAACAUACAAGGAUGACCCUACAAUAUUUGCUUGGGAGUUGAUGAAUGAACCCCGAUGCACCUCAGAUCCUUCUGGUGAUAAACUGCAGUCAUGGAUACAAGAAAUGGCAGUCUACAUUAAGAGCAUGGAUGCAAAGCACUUGGUGGAGAUUGGAUCAGAAGGAUUUUAUGGUCCCUCAGCUCCUGACAGGGCUCAAUUCAACCCAAAUUCUUAUGCUACACAAGUUGGAACUGACUUUAUAAGGCACCAUCAGACUCUUGGGAUUGAUUUUGCUUCUGUUCACAUUUAUGCAGACUCUUGGAUUUCCCAAACGAUUUCCGAUGCUCAUAUUCAAUUCACAAACUCAUGGAUGCAAGCCCACAUUGAGGAUGCUGAGAAAUAUCUAGGAAUGCCUGUCAUAUUUGCCGAGUUUGGUGUGUCAACUAAAGACCCUGGUUACAAUUCGUCAUUCCGGGACACUUUGAUCAGCACAGUAUACAAGAACCUUCUGAACUCCACAAAGAAAGGCGGUAGUGGGGCUGGGAGCCUUCUAUGGCAGCUAUUCCCCGAUGGAACAGAUUACAUGGAUGAUGGGUAUGCAAUUAUUCUAUCAAAAUCUCCUUCAACAUCAAACAUCAUUUCCCUUCAUUCUACAAGAGUUGCAAUCUUCAAUUCCAUGUGCUCAAUGAAUUGCAAAUGGGGCUGCCACAAGAAGAAGAAUGCCUUGGAGACAUUCCUUUACAAUGAUGAACUGUAGAAUUACUUGAACACUCACAGAAGAAAGGGAAGAAAGACUCGACGGAGUUAUUACAAUAAUAUUAACUUGGCUGUUCCUAAGAUCUAAAAUAUAAGCAGAAAAAAUUGCUACAAACCUUUGUUUGAUGGACUAUUUGCCAUUUCAAUGGUGUGUCUAUAUACGUACAUAAUGAAGCUUUUUUUUUCUAUUUGUACUUGCACUUUCGAUUGAUAAAUAGAUGAAAAAAGUACAUGAAAUAAUGUGAUAUCCCUGGAAGUUUUUUCCUAUUAUAUUAUAUGAAAAGAUAUACUAUGAACUUCUUUAUUUA